CCUAAGCCCAAACAAAACUCAACCUCACUCACACAAUUUUUGUCAACAAACACAAAACAAAAUCCUUUCUUCUUGUCUUAGUCUUGUCUGUCACACAACACAACCCAGUGCCGCCAUUUUUGUUCAACUUCGCCGGAAAACAUGUACAGAGAUGUGUCAAGUUGCAACACUUAUGAUUAUGGUGAUGCUCAUUAUUGGGAUGCUCGUUAUAUCCAAGAGGGUGGUUCUUUUGAUUGGUAUCAACGUUACUCUGAUCUUAAACCCUUUCUUCGUCAUUAUAUUCCUCUUUCUUCUAGAAUCCUUAUGGUUGGUUGUGGCAAUGCUGUUAUAUCAGAGGAUAUGGUCAAAGAUGGUUACGAGGAAAUCAUUAACAUUGAUAUUUCAUCGGUUGCCAUUGACAUGAUGAGAAGAAAAUAUGAGUGCAUCCCUCAGCUACAAUAUAUGCAGAUGGAUGUCAGGGAUAUGAGCUUCUUUCCGGAUGAAACUUUUGAUGGUGUAAUCGAUAAAGGAACUCUUGAUUCAUUAAUGUGUGGUACUGAUGCUCAAUUAAGUGCUUCUCAGAUGCUUGCAGAAGUGUGUAGACUUCUAAAACCUGGAGGGACUUAUAUGUUGAUUACAUAUGGCGAUCCAAAAGUAAGAAUGCCUUACCUAAGCAAAUCCGUGUACAAUUGGAAAAUUACAUUGUAUAAUAUCCCAAGACCGGGAUUUCAUAAGCCUGAAUGUAGUACUUCAUCGAAGAAAUCAUUAUUGGAACCUAUUCCUCUUACCGAAAACGGCUUACUUCCAGCAGAUUGGGUUCUGGAAGAUCCAGAUUCUCACUUUAUAUAUGUUUGUAGAAAGAUAAUUGACACAAACGGAGACAUAUACUCGCAUACCAAUUAAAAACCGAUGUUUUAUAGCGCUUACCUGCAUCGAAGCACUGAUGAAGGCGGUGUUUGUUCUCCUCACAAAAGUUGAUGCACAAUGAGUUAUUGGCUCUUGUUGAAUGUACUUGGUUACCCUUGUCAUUGGGAUGUUUUUAAUAGCAUUAUUUAUUUAUUUAUUUAUUUAUUUAUUUAUUAUCAUAAACUAGAGUAGUGAGGUUUGGUUUUGUGGUGAUGAUUGAUAUUAUUUAAAAUCAUUUGAAGAUAUAUCAGACAAAUUCAAUUAUUAACA